CAUUUUUUUCACUUCACCAGCCGACAGUCGAUCGAAUUUGGCUGCAAGUUUCUGUGUGAUCACCUCUGCCAUUCAUUCUCAUCAUCUCAGAGGGACUGAGCAUCUUCACCGUUGUCGAUGAUGACUAGCGGUGUUGAUCAAUUCAGCAAUAUCAAUCAGGCGAUGUACCUGCAGCCUGAUCAAGACUUCUCCCAGAUGAUCAUGGAGCUAUGCGAUCUUGAUGGGAGCAGCACGACGCAAGGCCGCCAUGUUGGCGAAGCAGCAGAUGCGGAGCAGUCCAGCUGCGACGUGGGAGCGGUACUGACGUACCUGACAUUUCUGGAGCAGAAGAUCGGCCACCUCCGCGGCAUAAUCUCCUCGACGCCGCACCCGCCGCCGCAGAUCGUGUCCGCCGAGCUCAGCUGCAUCGUCGUGCAGCUCGUCUCCAUCUCCAAGAACCUCGCCGCGGGCCGCGGCGGCGAGGACGCGGACGCCAAGAACUAUGGGAGCGACGGCGACGAUGGCGACGGCGAGCACCUCCCGGUGAGGGGCUCCUACGAGGUGGUGCAGAUCGAGAAGGAGGAGAUCCUCGCGCCGCACGUGCACUUCUGCGCGGUGUGCGGCAAGGGCUUCAAGCGCGACGCCAACCUGCGGAUGCACAUGCGCGGCCACGGCGACGAGCACAAGUCGGCGGCCGCUCUCGCCAAGCCCGGCAGGUCGCCGUCGCCGACGCCGGCGACGGACACGGCGAGGAGGUGCUUCUACUCCUGCCCCUACGUGGGGUGCAAGAGGAACAGGGAGCACAAGAGCUUCCAGCCGCUGAAGACGCCCAUCUGCGUCAAGAACCAUUACCGCCGGAGCCACUGCGACAAGAGCUUCACCUGCCGCCGGUGCAACGUCAAGAAGUUCUCCGUGCUCGCCGAUCUCCGCACGCACGAGAAGCACUGCGGCCGCGACCGCUGGGUCUGCUCCUGCGGCACCUCCUUCUCCAGGAAGGACAAGCUGUUCGGCCACGUCGCCGUCUUCGACGGCCACACGCCGGCGCUACCGCCGGAGGAGUACGACGACGAGGCCACGACGGCAGCUGGCUCUGACGCCAUGUCCUGCUCGGGUCAGCUGCAGCACGGCGGCGAGGCAGUGAACAGAAUGGUGGACACGGACAAGUGCUUCUCCGAGAGCAUCUUCGAUGGCUUGAGGUGUUCAGACAUCAGAGGCAGCAUGGAUGAUGGCCACGACUACUGUGACUUUGAUGGAAUUGAUCUCUUUGCAGCGGCAACAUUCGAUUUUUUAUGAAAAGAGGGUGUUUGAUCUCUCUCUCAACCUGAUAAAUAAUGUCAAAGCUUAAGCUUAAUCAAUUGACAAUAGCAUGAAAACAAUUAGGUAACGGGAAAAGGGAACAUUUUUUUGUCGUCCAGCCAAAAAGAAAGAAAAAAGAUCAGAAGACAGCAUUAGAUUGGACAUACCUUAAUAAUCUUGCACACACUGAAACAAGACAUAGAGGUUGGGGAAUCUGAGACCCCUUUCAUCCGCAAUUCUGCAGAAACUGACGUAUCAAAUUGCAUUUCGUUACUCAGAAGUCAGAACGGUGAAACACUUGUUCAUCAUAUAUCAGGUAAUCAGAAGCAAAUGAGAGAACUGAAUCUUUUAACAUACAAAUACGAGAUGCGGAAUAUAUAUCAAGCACAAUGACAAGAAUGGCAGAACAACACAAUUCAAGUACUCCCAU